UUAUUAUUAAUUAGUAAUAAGAGAUUUAAUAAUAUAGAUAUGGAAGGAGGGGUGCAUCCAGGCACAGAUGCAACAGCUUUUAGGGAGUGUUUGGCUCUGUCAUGGAAAAACCCAUACAUUCUUCGUCUUGCUUUCUCUGCUGGAAUUGGUGGCUUUCUCUUUGGCUAUGAUACCGGAGUGAUAUCUGGAGCUCUUCUUUAUAUUAGAGACGAUUUCAAGUCUGUUGAUAGACGCACUGUCUUGCAGGAAGCUAUAGUGAGCACCGCGGUGGCCGGAGCAAUAAUAGGAGCGGCGAUCGGCGGAUGGUUAAACGACAAAAUUGGAAGAAGAACAACUUUACUUUCAGCAGACCUCUUGUUUUUCAUAGGAGCCGUAAUGAUGGCUUCUGCGCCGAACCCCACCGUUUUGAUCGCCGGUAGGGUUUUUGUGGGGCUGGGCGUCGGAAUGGCGUCCAUGACUUCUCCAUUAUACAUAUCGGAGGUUUCUCCGGCAAAGGUCAGGGGAGCACUUGUGAGCACCAAUAGUUUCUUCAUCACCGGUGGCCAGUUCUUGUCCUACCUCAUUAACCUUGCCUUCACCAAGGUAUUUCAUUUUAAUUAAUAUACUCCCUCCGUCCCUAAAUAAAGUUCCAUUUUGACUUUUUGAGAAUUUAAGGGAGAGAUAUUUUUGUGUUGACUUUCCAAAAAUACCCUUGAUGUGAUGUGUAAAAGUAAGAUGUGAUAGGUAAAUUAUUAGUAAAAAGGUAUGAUGCGA